AUGGAUAUUCUCCUCGGUCUAGUGACCAAGUGCUUACCUUGUAUUCCAGAUAUAUCAACUCCCUACGUUUCAAUUAACAAUAAUAAGUACCAAAUAAUAAAACUAUUGGGUGAAGGAGGAUUUUCAUACGUUUACUUAGUAGCUCAGAAAUCUAACAAGAAUGCUUUAUAUGCAUUGAAAAAGAUAAGGUGUCCGUUUGGAGCCACCGACGAAACGUUCCGUAAUGCCAUGAAAGAAGUUCGUAAUUACCAUCGAUUUGCCAAUUCCAAAACUCCUUAUAUUAUUCAAACAAUUGAUGAAACAGUUAUAGAUGAAAAAGAUGGUUCCAAGACCAUUUACAUCUUACUACCAUAUUUCCAAAAAUCAUUACAAGACAUUAUAAAUUCGAAUGUAUUGAAUAAUGAAGAUUUCGAAGAAGAUGAAAUAUUGAGAAUAUUUGUAGGUAUAUGUCGUGGUCUUCAAGUUAUGCAUAAAUAUAAAAAAUCAGGUGGUAGACCAAUAAGUGAAGAAGGCGAAGAAGAAGACGAUUUACUUCUAAAUGGCUCUGAUGAUGAUGAUAUCUCUGCUAGUGCCGGUACUGAAUUACAAGAAUUAACUCCUUUUGCUCAUCGAGAUAUAAAACCUGCAAAUGUAAUGUUAUCAGCAGAAGGCUUACCGGUUCUUGUCGAUUUAGGCUCUUGCUCAAGAGCCAGGUUUUCAAUCAAGUCUCGUCAACAAGCCUUAGCAUUAACAGAUUUUGCUCAAGAACAUUGCACUUUACCAUAUCGUGCUCCUGAACUUCUUGACGUGGCAACAAACUCAGAAAUUACAGAAUCAACAGAUGUUUGGUCCCUAGGUUGUUUACUAUACUGCUGUUGUUUUGGCUUUUCUCCUUUUGAAAAAUUAGAAAUUGAACAAGGUGCUAGUCUUAAUUUGGCCAUUGCCCAAGGUAAAUACGCUUUACCAGAAGAUAAAAAGGGCUAUUCGGACGGCUUACUAAAUUUGAUUAAAGAAUGCUUAAACUUGGACAACACCAAAAGACCCACCGUGGAUGAACUACUCGAAAAAGCUCUUGGUUUAUCAAAUCGUUCUUAG